UUGAAAAUUAAGCAACCUACUCUCUCACCUUCCUUUUUAAGACAUAUCCCUUCUUCUUCUUCUUCUUCUUCAUCAUUCUAAUUCCAUGCUUCAAAUAUUCUCUUUGAAUCUCAUUCACAAAGGCUCAAACCCUUUUUUUCUCUUCAAAGUUUCUUCCUUUUUGCUACAUUUUUCUUGUGGAGACUUAUAAAUGUGGCAAAAUCAGCCCAAUCAUUCUUCUUACACUGAUUCUGUCAAGACUCUUGAAGAUGAUAUACAACAUGCUAAUUCCUUGGCAUUGUCACUUCCUGGAGAUUGUGAUGGGAACUAUUUUCAGAUGAAAUUAUCUUACAGCCCCUUUGCACCUCUUUUCUUGCACUUGAUUCAAUGGUUGGAUCUUAGUUGCACAGAUACUUUGCCUCUGUAUUUGGGAUUACUCCACAUACUUAUUUUCAAUGUAUAUGCUGAUGGAAUACCAUCUAUUUCCUCAAAUGAAAGGAAAGCAACUAUAAAAGAAUUUUAUGCUGUUAUAUACCCUUCAUUAAGGUUGCUUCAAGGCGAGUUUAACAAUGAUCGAAGACACAGUUAUGCAGAAGUGAACAGAAAGAGGCUUGAAAAGGUUCUGAAUAAAGAUUUAGAGGGAGAUGAAGAAUGUGGCAUAUGCAUGGAAAAUAACAUGAAGAUGGUUCUGCCUAAUUGUGGACAUUCCUUCUGCAUAAGUUGCUUCCAUGAUUGGUAUAUGAGAUCAGAGUCAUGCCCCUUUUGCCGUGGAAGCAUGAGAAGGAUCAGUUCUGCAGAUUUAUGGAUAGUGAUUGGCAACAAUGAUGUUGUUGACAGCUUCACCAUUGCAAAAGACAAUUUGAGACGUUUAUACCUAUUCAUUCAAACUCUGCCUCUAAUCAUACCAGAACCACAUCUACUAUACACAUUCAAUUACAUGCUAUGACUUCAGUAAGAAAAAAAGGGUUUUAGUUAUAACUAUUAUGCAGUUGAAAUAGUUGAAUCAGACAAAUCAAAUAUGCUUUUCCUGUGUUGUAAUUUGUGAACACCUCAAUCUCACUCAUGCUUAUAAUAUUGAGAAAGGGAACAGAGCAUAAACUAUGA